AUGACGACGACGAUGGUCUCCAAUCUUCUAAGAUAUUUGAUAGAGGAGAUUAUUUCAUGGCUUCCCUUGAAAUCCAUGAAAGCAGUGCGUUUAACUUGCAAAAGUUGGGACGAUUUAUCCAAAAGUGAGAGCUUUAGGAAGAAGCACAUUGGCAAAGCCACAAGAAAAGGUGAGUCUAUGAUGAUCGCCAUGAUGCCUAACAAUCUCUAUCUAAUGAGCGGCUUCGUCGACGAAGUUGAUCCAUCUAUAGAGCAUAAAGGUCAAAUUAGCUUCCCGAGCAAACAAGUAAGCAUAGAUCGACUCUUCCACUAUGAGGAUUUAAUUUUAUGCAUCUUGAAAGACGUUACUAGGAUUGUGGUUUGGAAUCCGUAUUUGGGGCAAACAAGAUGGAUCAACCUCAGAUUCUCUCACCGUCCAUACAUAUGGGACUCAUUUUCUUAUGGUCUCGGAUACGAGGAUAAGGAAUCUUGUCGUAGCCUUAAAUUGUUGAGGUUUGUAGAUUUUCUUGCAAGAGCGCCCGAAGAGCAAUUUUUUUGGUACGAAAUCUACAAUUUUGAUACUGGUUUAUGGACAACUCUUGACGUCGCUCCACACUGGAGGAUAUAUUGUUCAAGCAGUAGCGUUUCUCUUAAGGGAAACAGUUACUGGUGUGCAGCAGAACGAAGCGCAGAAGGUUUUACGGAUCGCAUAAUCUGUUUUGAUUUUACAAGAGAGAGAUUUGGGCCGCUUCUGCCUCUGCCAUCUUGCGUUAGGGAUCGUCACUAUGAAUAUGUGACUUUAUCUUGUGUUAAAGAAGAGAAGAUUGCAGCUUUAUUUCACCACCACGAUUUAUAUGAUUAUGAGAUAUGGAUUACAAUUAAGAUUGAGGUCGAAAUAGUGUCGUGGAGCAAGUUCUUGAGAAUAGUGGAUCCGAGCCGUAAGAUAGAUUUUCCUAUUGGUUUCUUUAUUGACGAGAAGAAGAAAGUUUUCAUGAGUUUUGGUACGCAAUAUAAAUGUGAGGAUCGCGGCCUUCGCGAAAGAUAUAUUAACGUAGGUGGAGAGGCUGGACACGUAACAAAAUUGGAUCCUGGAGUACCUGCAAAUGAGUUAUGUAGGCCAGAUGUGUGCUCUUAUGUUCCAAGUGUGAUCCAAAUCAAGAAGCCUGUACGAGGCAAAAGAAUAGAACAAAGCCAUUUAGAAAAGCGUCUAUGUGAUCAAAACAGGUUGAGACUUGCCGCAUUUGACAAGCUAUUGAAGAAGCAAAAUCAUAUUGGUUUUACCGUAUGAGGAUGCU